AUGGUGCAACUGUGCUCCUCCAGCAGCUGGGUGGUGGAAACGGUGGAGAAGAAAACUUCAGUUCUCUCCCAGGACCCCGGACAGCGGUGGGUGCUGAACAGGGCAGCCCGGCAGCGCCGCAUCAACAGGCAGCUCGAAGCUUUAGAGAAUGACGACUUCCAGGACGAUCCCCACGCGGGACUCCCCCAGCUCGGCAAGAGGCUGCCGCAGUUUGAUGAUGAUGCAGACACUGGAAAGAAAAAGAAGAAAACUCGAGGUGAUCAUUUUAAACUUCGCUUCCGAAAAAACUUUCAGGCCCUGUUGGAGGAGCAGAACCUGAGUGUGGCCGAGGGCCCCAACUACCUGACAGCCUGUGCAGGACCCCCAUCCCGCCUCCAGCGCCCCUUCUGUGCUGUUUGUGGCUUCCCCUCCCCGUACACCUGCGUCAGCUGUGGUGCCCGGUACUGCACGGUGCGCUGUCUGGGAACCCACCAGGAGACCAGGUGUCUGAAGUGGACUGUCUAA